AAAAACUUUCCUUAGCAACAAAAAGUGGAUAGGACCUAGGCCCUAGCCUACCUUUCCUUUUCACUUUGUUUCCGGGAAAAUUUAAAUUUCCACAAACGUUUUUUCUUCCCUUUAAAAAUAACGGCUUUCGUACAUUAAAGCCAGCUAUAUAUUCUACAGUUUACACUUAUAAUGGACUAAAAGGAGUUAGAGUUUGAUCUUUUGAGAUGGAUUUUCAUGGUGUGCAAAAGGAGGCGAAGGACUAUUUAAGUAAAUCCAGCUGUGGUCUAGUCAUUACAGCAGCAGAUGAGAUCAAUAGCCAGAUACAUUUCAAGUUUCCAAAGAACAACUUUAGCUUUUACAUCACCACUCCUGGUUCAGAUCAUGUAUCUUGGAGUGUUUGGAGUGAUACAGAAGAUUCUCAUGAUGUGUUACAAUUAGUGCUUGAAUCUUGUGACUUUGACUCAUGCAAAACUGUUUCUGAUGUUCUGGAUAAAUUAUUAAAGUGUUUAGAAAAGGUACCUGGCAUCAGUUCUGGCAAGGGGAGUAGUGGUGCAACUGCACUUGCUGAAAUGGAAUUUGAAGAAGAUGAAAAUGAUGAUGAGGAAGACUUUGAGAACUAUUAUGCUGAAGAGGAUUGUGAUGCCAAAGAUGAUAGAUCAUCAAAGGAAUUUAAGGAAAAAGAAGCAGAGAAAGACUUAGAAACAAAUUUUUUCAAAAGCUCUGGUUCUGAAAUGGCUGUCAAAAGGUUGAUUAAAGAUUUGAAAGCUGUAAGUUCUUGGGAUCCCGAAUUAGGUAUUGAAGCUCAUCCUAGGGGAGAUGACUUGUUUGUAUGGAAUGUGAAGUUUAAAAAUAUCCCAAAAGAGACAAAGUUAGGUGGUGACCUAAAUGUAUAUGCACAAAAAUACAAAGAAGAGCCAGUUAUAACAUUGGAUAUGCAGUUCCCAACUGAUUACCCCUUCAGUCCUCCAUUUAUAAGAGUGCUAAAACCAAGGUUUAAAUUUUUGACUGGUCACGUGACAAUUGGAGGCAGUAUUUGUAUGCAGAUGUUAACAAAGUCUGGGUGGAGACCAUGCAAUGACAUUGAGAGUGUACUAAUACAGGUUCGUACUGAAAUUCUUAGUGACGAGAAAGCAAGUUUAGAUAUAAACAAUUCCAUAAGGGAAUAUACUGAAUCCGAAGCAAAAAGUGCUUUUAAGCGAAUGGUGGAUAAAUAUGGAUGGUGAUUAUUUGUUUGCCAUUUAUUUAUUUAUUUUAACAGUACAUUCCUAAUGCAAGUUAUUUAAAAAUUAUUUACAUUUUUUUUUUUUU